ACGAGGGUUCACUGAUGAAUCAGAUGCUGUGGCCUUCACUGUCACCUGAUCUCAACACCUAUGGGAGGUUUUGGAGUGACAUGUUCGACAGCGCUCUCCACCACCACCACCAUCACCACCAUCAUCAUCAUCAUCCCUCCAGCAGGUUUUCCAGAGACUUAGAGAAUCGACACCAAGGAGCACUGAAGCUGUUGUGGUGAUUUUAAAAAACAAUGACAGAGGGAAACAACAUGCCAGACGGUGAGGCAGCCAGUAUGGAUGAGACGCUCGAUGCCGCCGUCGUACCCGCAGGAGGAGAGGGGGAGGAGGAGGAGAAGAAGGAGGCCUGGGACUCUAAAGUCGCAGUCCCGGAGCCGGCUCCGGCAGCGGAGGAGGAGGUCGAGUUUGUGCAUCCCGAGGGCGGCUGGGGGUGGCUGGUCAUGCUGGCUGCCAUGUGGUGUAACGGCUCCGUGUUCGGGAUCCAGAACGCCUUCGGUAUCCUCUUCCAAUCACUGCUCCGGGAGUUCGGCAGCGAGGAGGAUGAAGACCUCCGCUUCAGGACAGCUUGGGUGGGUUCCCUCUCCAUGGGGAUGAUCUUCUUCUGCUCCCCCAUUGUCAGCGUCUGCACUGACAUCCUCGGCUGUAGAGUUACUGCAGUGGGCGGCGCCGCUGUCGGCCUGGUUGGCCUCCUGGCCAGCUCCUUUGUCACGUCCCUGGGUCCCAUGUAUUUCACCUAUGGCAUUGUGUUCGCCUGCGGCUGCUCCUUCGCCUACCAGCCCAGCCUCGUCAUCCUGGGCCACUACUUCAAGAAGCGCCUGGGUUUGGUGAAUGGCAUCGUGACGGCCGGCAGCAGCAUCUUCACCAUCACUUUACCCUUCCUGCUGUCAGGGCUGCUGGAGAAAGUGGGCCUCCAGAACACCAUGCGCAUCCUCUGCAUCCUUAUGUUUGUGCUGAUGCUGGCAGGCUUCACCUACAAGCCCCUCCUGCCCCUCAAAUCCCCCACCACCCAAACAAGCAGUCGGUGCCCACCCAUGAGCCAGGUCUUCAACCUCAACAUCUGGAAGUCUUUGGGAUAUCGUAUCUGGGCAUUUGGUGUUCCUGCAGCACUCUACGGCUACUAUGUGCCUUACGUCCAUCUGAUGCAGCACGUCGUGGAGACCUUUGGAAAAGAAGCCCGUAAAGAGGUUCUGCUCAUGUGCAUCGGCAUCACGUCGUGCGUGGGGCGUCUCAUCUUCGGUAGGGUGGCGGACUACGUCAGUGGACCCAACAAGGUCUACCUGCAGGUGACGUCCUUCUUCGUCAUCGGCAUCAUGUCCAUGAUGAUCCCGCUGUGCAAAAUCUUUGGCGGGCUGAUUGCCGUGUGCCUGCUGAUGGGGUUGUUUGACGGUUGCUUCAUCUGCAUCAUGGCGCCCAUCGCCUUCGAGCUGGUCGGAUCCAAAGACGUGUCCCAGGCCAUCGGCUUCUUGCUGGGCCUGAUGUCUGUGCCCAUGACCGUGGGGCCGCCCAUCGCAGGCUUCCUGAGGGACAGGCUGGGGAACUACGAGGUGGCCUUCUACUUGGCGGGCAUCCCCCCGAUCUUCGGCGGAGCCGUGCUGUGUCUGAUACCCUGGGUGGAGGCCAGGCGCAAGAGGAUGGAGAAGGUCAACAAGGAGCAAGACAUCACCCAGAAGAUGAUCGAGCAUGAAAAGGCCGCGGAAGACCCGCAACACAAAACUGGAGAGUCCGUCUUCUAAACUCCCGCUGAACAGACUGAAGGAGAGACACACGGGGUCAGACUGAGACUGCUGCUGACCGGCAGCAUUUAGAUAAGGUGUGUGUGUGUGUGUGUGUGCGUGCGUGCGUGCGUGCGUGCGUGCGUGCGUGCGUGCGUGCGUGUGUGUGUGUAGCCCUGAUUAUAAUGACUGCCUUCAGUAGGAGAAUGUCAGAAAAUGCCAAAGCGAUGAAACAUAUCAGACAGAGCAGUAGGUUGAAGUUGAGCGUGAUGCUGGAGAACUAUGCAUUCGAUUGUUUAAAUUAGCGUGACGUUGUUUCAGAGCAGGAAACUUGAAGCUUAAAAGUUAAUGGGGAAAAAAAAAUAAACAGCAGAUUUCAUAUCGGUCACAAGGGAAGGGAAAGAAGGCGCGCUGGGUGCCUACUAUAACACUAGAUUCGCAGUCUUAAGGGAAAGGUGGACUUCUAUUACUCUCAACUAUCAGCUAGCACAAACUUUUAGAUGUAGUACAAAUAUGAAUCAAUCACCAUCCGUUAAAACUUGUCUGUUAAUGAUGUCUGGGGAAAUCCGCCUCCUUUACUGUCGUCUCCGGAGCACAGACCGGAUUCCCAUGUUAAAACAGUCUUAAAGCCAAACGGGACAUAUGUGAGAACUGGGUCCGCAGCGUUUCAAAGACACAGGAACUAGGGAUUCUGGAGUCAGGGGGUUAGUGUCAGUGUCAGUGUCAUCAUCUGAGCUGCAGAGAAGCUCAGACACUUGAAGGGAAGCAGCUUUAAUCUGAACUUAAUCUGAAACGCUGACACAUCAUCUCAAGACCUGUCGAAUCAUUCCCUUACCUUCAGACUGGAGACGGGAAAUGUUUUGUGCUUUUAUUGAAUAAAAAAAAGAAGAAGAAGAAGACAUGUAAAAACAACAGUAUUCGUCCAGGUGCAGGCGCAGUGAAUUUGUAGUCUGUCACUUAGCCAGUACAAAUAGACCCACUGUCAGUGAUGAGCCUAAAUAUUGAUUGAUAAGGAACAUAUUAACGCUGUGUUUGUGUUCAAGUCUACAUGAAUUGAUUGUAUUAGUGACUUUAAGCAGUAUUUCUUUUAAAAACACACAGUGCUGAGACUUGUUUUUAAAUGUGUUGAAUGUUUCUCUGUUAUUUGGUCCAACAUUUUUAUCCUUUUAUUUUCAUGAAUUUACAAUGUGAUGAACGUCCGUGGUCCAGGUCAUAAAACACGUGUUAACAACAGAUCAUCUGCUCGGAGGAUGACCUCUUAAAGGACCAAAAAAAACAAAAAAAAAACAUUAAAUACUGGUGUUUGUAUUUAGUUCCUCGCCACUUUAUAAAACGGCUUUUACACAUUUACCUACAGUAUCUCUUCAUUUCAGAGUCUCCACUAUUUGAAAUGGAACAGAGGAUUUGAGUUUGACUAAUCAUUGACUACGUGACCAUUAGUCAAGUGAAGUCAAGUUAAUCAUUCACUCUGUGCCCAGUUCGUUAACCUUGAAUACGAAGGAGUGUGUUUGAUGUUUCCAUGUUGUAUUUAUUUUGUAGUUUUUGUGGAGAAUGUUGUGCUUUAAUUGACGGGCAUUUGCCUUAAAGCCUUAAUUUCAUUUUCUGAAGACCAAAAAUGUAUUGAAAUGAAAAUGGCUGAGAGUGUUAAAUCCUCUCUGCUUGUUGUCAUACGUCUCCCUGAAGCUUCCCGGUAGUGUCAGUGAACCAUCUGAACAUGUCACUCAUCAGUCUGUCGCUGCUCACAGUGACAGAUUGCUUAAGGAAAAAAAGAAAACUCGGAGACCUUUUGGAAAAAUCGGUGCACCACAGAACAGCUGUGGGCUGGUGAUUGUGACACUCUCUACCUCAGAUGUUGUCCAACAAAACAAAAAAAAAAAGUAGACCUGCCCCAGUCUGGACUCUGGUGUUCCUCCAUCAGAGACAGUCCAGCAGUGUUCAUGUCCGACAGUGACACUCAGCUGCCCGACGCUUUGCUCCUUGAUAAAAUACGUCAUUUUAUGCAACAAGUGUGAGAAACUUCAGCAGCGUUUACAUCUUUUCUCCUCUAAAUAUAUAUUUUUAUGAUGAAAUCACAUCAGUUGCCUUUCAAUCUUUUUUAAAUGACAUGCUUUACUGACAGUUUAUUUUUAGACUUAUUACCAUUGUAGUGCGAUUCACCAAUGACAGCCUCGAGUAAUUUCUUGUCAGAAAUUACUUAAUUUGUACCUCUGAACUUUGAUUGUAAACGUCUUUGUUUUUUUUUUUUUUAAUGCUUAAUCACUUUUAUUUCACUUUUCAAUGUAAUGUAGUUGUUGCUCCACACCUGCUUCUUGAAAUGAUCUGUGCCAUCCAAAGAAACAUUUGGAAAAAAAAGCCAAAAAGUGUAUGAUUUAUUUUAUUUAGUCAUGAUUUUAAAUCAUAAACUGCCUUAAAAAACAGUCUUAAUAGCGUCUACAGAGGUUUAAUGUGACAAUCAGUCAGACUCGUGUCUGCGUGUGUGUGUGUGUGUGUGUGUGGGGAGGAUAUCUGGAUGAGCUUAUGUGCCCUAAUGUUUAUAGCAUUUUAUUGUUUGUUUGCUGUUGUCCAAUCCAAACCUCUGGAUUUAUUCUGAAUAUCUGUAUAUACGUAUGCAUUUUGUUAUUGCUGCAAGUACAGAUAAAGUUUUCCCUUAUUAAAGCUUUACAGUAAAGAUUGCAUAUUUGCUCUUUUCAUUCUA